AUGGAGGCGAGUUCGAGUCUACGCGAGUGUUCCCUCGGGCCUGCCGAGUCUGCGCGUCCAUCCACCGCGCCGCCCCGGCUGGCCGGAGAUGCCGUGGGGCCUCCCGCUACCCCGCCGCCGGCUCAUGCCGCCGCGCGGCCCCCGACGGCACCGUCGGUCGCUGGCCCGAUGAUCCCGAGCAUCGAAAACGAAGGCCUUCAGACCUGGUGCAGGGUGUAUGCCCGAUCUGUCAACUUCAGCAACUUGCCACUCACGCCUCAAGGCGCGCUGAUGGCGAAGCACAUUUUACCCAUGCCGCCCAAGCGGGUAGGCGACAUCGCUCCAGCUCCGCCUGAGAUCGAGAGCCUACAGGCAAUUGUCUGCGCGGUGCGACUUUCACCUCAAAGGGUGGAGGCUACAGACGGCACCGUGUCGGCUCCUACAGCGGAGCUGCUGGUUACUUUCACCGCCUCCACGACCGUGGUGGCGAGCGGAAGGCUUGCCCCCAGCGUGGAGGAUCCCAAGUUUUUCUUUCAGGACAAGAAGACGCCGAAGCUGCCCGUGCUGGCGUUGCCCACCGCUGCCGGGGCGCUGGUGCCAGGGCAGGAGCCGAAGUGGCUCGAGGAGCGCUGGAGCCGGGGCACGCUCUGCGAGGAUGCUUUCAAGCUUCGUGACUCGCACAAGGACAAGGACUACUACCCCAUCUACGACUACGAUUCCCCCAGCACUGCGAGCGUGGCUGCGACCCUAGCUUUCUGA